CAAGGUCAUCGCAUUACCCAUUUUGCUAUGGGUGUACCCGAGGAUGAAGGCAUUGCCCGCUUCGCAACAGCAGCGUUAGUUUCAAGCAUCGUCUGCUUCGCCCUAGGCCUGAUCGUCAACCUAGUUGUGCUUGUAUCCAUUGUAACGUCACCAGCAAUGCGCUUCCACCUGCGCAACAAACUGAUCGCCAACAUGUGCGCGUGCCAUCUUACAGAGAUAGCGUUCCGCAUUCCUAUCGGCGUGUACUUGGAAUUUAAAAAUCCGAAAAUACAUCGAGAAUGCUACAUGUACUCAGCUAUUGUUAACUUGGAGCUGAUCCAAGUGUUUAUCGUUAACUGGAAUCUGGUCUUUUUGAUCUCCGUCCUCAUCGAACACAUCAGGGAUGUCAAUCCCGCAGUGACCUGGUCAAAAAUGCACAGAACUCUCGCCUGCAUUCUUCUAAUGGCGCUGCCUUGGGCGGCCGCCAUGAUUAUAGUCCCGCUGCUAUUGAACACCUAUUCAACGAGCCAUCACGUCGCAGGUCGGUUACCGGACGGGUGCAUUCUGCCAACGCACAGUUUCUUGGCUCCCGUCACGGCCGUGGUUAGCCUCCUGCCCCACUUGACGUCCGUGGUGCUCACGGCCGCGGCGAUCGUCAUGUCGCGCAGGAGCUCGAGAGAAAGCCUUCAUCCAGACGAGGCGGGAACUCACACUCGCUCCGGGGUCGGUCCACUUCCGGUCUACAUCACCGCUGUGACGCUUACCAUUGUGUGUGAUGUGCCCAUGGUUUUAGCUGGGCUUAGAAUAUACGAUGACAAGAAUUCCAGGUAAGCUUACAUGCGCAUAUGCAUGUAAAAGUUACAGAGUUUCAUUCAUAAAAGUUUGCCGUGUGCAAAAACGAUUAAACCAUUGGUCAGGAAAAAAGAUUUAAUUAAGUAGUCUUGUGCCAAAGUUGAAAGUUCACAAUAAGUAGUCCCUGAAUAGUAUUUAAGUAAUAAGGGGAUUCGUUGCCUUAUACUCAUAUAAACUAUAUAGUCAUUGCACAUGACGCUAUCACCAGAAUGAGGCCACAAAAUGUGAAUGCUUCGUCCAUAGUAGAAAAUAUCAAAUGAAUUCAUGAUUUAAAAAAUCACAACUCAAAAAGUCCUAGAGAUAAAAAGUUGAUUCUAGUUUCAAUUUUUUUUUUAAAGUUUGAGAAUAGCUAGAAAUGACUUUAAUAUUUAAAUAAAUUAUUAUUACUUUUUUUUUUUUGCUAACUGAAGUACCUGUCUAAAGCAAUUUCAAGCACAUGUUAAUAUAGUGCCGCCAUAUUGGUUUUCGUUUAUCUUGAUCAUCGGUUAUCUCGACUCUUUUUCACGAACCCCGAAGCCGUCGACUUACCCAGGUUCUACUGUAUAUAAAUAUCAUUGCAGACAUGCUUUCAAAAUAAAAAAUGCGAAAAAUCUAAGUGAAAUUCCUACAAUGUCCUGAUUAUACAAAAGUAUUUCUCUCUACUUUUUACAGACAGACAUAGAGUUAGUGAAGAAAAACAAAGGGAAGGCUGAAGCUUUGCCAAUAGACACAUUACCGAUGACAACACAUUCUUUCCAAUUUUCUGCCACUCGACCCCAAAAAGCCGUUUUUAAAAAAAUCUGUUUUCAAGGGGAAGUUGAAGGAAAUAUGAUUUCUAGAAAUAAAUUCCCGAUAACUGCGCUAAAUGGGAUUCUUUUAAAAAAAAAAAUUUAAAAAAAAUAUCGCAAGUGCCUUUGGUGCGUAAAAUUUUGUUGCUGUUUUUUUUUUUUUCUGUUUUUUUUUUUUUUCUGAAAUAAUUGGUUAAAUAAAUCUUCGGUGCAGAAGCGGGUGGGUCAUUAGAAUAUUAAUAAAGUUCAAGGGCAUGGAGAAAAAAAGGACGGUUGCGAGCCUUGGGGGAGGGUGGGAUUAGGAUCAAGUGCAUUAGCUGUAUGCAUGUUUGUCAAAUGGUCAGCAUCCCACCCCCCAAACAACCCCCCUCCCCCAAUUUGUUGGAGAUUACAUUUCAUAAAAGAUUUAUGUGAACAACUUUCUUCGUAGGGGUUGUUGGAUUGAUUUUUAUUUUUUUAAAUUUUUAAGUAGAACAAAUCUUGGUCAGCUGACCCAUUUUGAGUGACGUGUGUUACCACAAUAUCGAUGAGUUAAGCGGUAACUAAUAAUUUUUAAAAAGGGUUGGGGGGAAAAAUUCAUGCAAAAAAAAAAAAAAAAAAAAAACCCCCCCAAUGCUUAAAAUUUUCAGUAAAUUUGCAGUGGAUUUUGUUAUUAUUAUCUUCUUUAAUCACAAAUAUUCCCCACCCCCCUUUUUUCACAUUAGUUUCAGAACGAAAGCUCUCUACCUGUCUGGGAUCAUCUCUAAUUUAAGUAUCAUUAUCAAUCCUUUGCCGUGGCUACUUCUGCCGGAUGUGCGUCAUCGAAUCAAGACCUGCAUGCCUUUCUCCCAUCGCAGACGUGACGCAAAUGGCACUAUGGCUCUCAAAGGAAUCAGGAGUUGUGAUCACGACAGUGGCGUAGCUAUUGGUUAGCUCCAACUGUGGGCGGAACAAGAAUUUUGGCGCCCAAAAAAUGCAGUUGACCGAAAAUCCCACCCCUCAACAAACAAUCAAGUGUCGCCUGGGGCUU